CACCCUUUUCAAACUCAUUUCUUUCGCCUCUUCUUUCUUUUUCUCGGAUCUUCUUUCUCCCUCUCUGCAAAGAGUUCGAAUUUAAGCCGUCUUUCGAUGAGUAUUUGAAGACUAUGGAGUCUGUGAGGGAGAAAAAGCAAUCUUUUAAAUCAAAUAGAGGUAAGUCAAGUAGAAACUUUGGGGAGAAUGAAAAUAUGUCCAAAAUUGAACAUACACUACAGCAAAACUAGUUUUUAGAGAGCUAUUUCAGCCGCAAGAUUGCCAUCGACGCCAGCAUUAGCAUUUACCAAUUUCUCGUUCGUAUAUUAUUCCAUCCUUUUUUGUUCUCCAUCAAAACUCUAUUUUAUAGAAACACCUUACCGACAGCAAGGGUUCCUCUCCCUCGGAAACCCUUAACACUCGACUAAAAUCGCAAGUAUCUUUAAAGUGUAAUAUUUUUUUCUGGGUUUGAUUAAAUGGAGAAAAAUAAGGAUGACGAUUAUGGAGAGGAAGAAGAUUCAGAGUAUGUAUUACUUGAUCUUGAAGCUGUUCGUGCGCAGAUUGACAUCCCUCCAAAUGUACCUUAUACUCUUUCUGCUAUUUAUUAUCUGGAAAAGGGGGAAUCUGUUUUUGUGGCGGCAUAUACAUCUGCUGGAAAGACAGUUGUAGCAAAAUAUGCAUUUGCUUUGGCAUCAAAAUUACCAUUGCACUAGAGCUGUGUAUACUGCUCUAAUUAAAACAAUCAGCAACCAGAAGUAUAGAGAUUUAUGUGGGAAGCUUGAUGUUGGCCUUCUCACAGGUGAUGUUAGUUUGAGACCAGAGGCUUCUUGUCUCAUCAUGACAACUGAAUUAUUAAGGUCAAUGCUUUAUCGAGGUGCAGAUAUUAUUCGCGAUAUUGAAUGGGUGAAGGGGUUGCUUUUUGUAGCAUUACUUUACAUAGUAGUUUCAUUACUUUUCUGUUGAACGCUCUUGUUAGUUCUUUUCUCUAAUUUGUGAACAUGAUAUUUAAGAUGUUUCUUUCUAUUGUGACUAUAUGAAUGUAGGUUAUAUUUGAUGAGGUGCACUAUGUGAAUGAUGUUGAAAGAUGAGGUGCACAUUU